GGACGGACCCACGUGUCAGCCUCUACUCCUCUUCCCCCCCCCCCCCUCUCCCCUUCUUUCUUCUUAUCCUUCAGAUCCAAAGCUAAAGCUAGCUAGCUAGCUACCCAGCUCACGCGAAUGGCCUCCUACGACGGCGGCGGCGACGGCGGGCGGUCUGGCGGGGGCGGGAGCGGCGACCUGGCGUCGAGCGCCAAGCUGGUGGCGGAGGCGGCAAGUCGGUGUUCCAGGACCGCGUCGCGUCGCGACCUGGAGAAGGUCGACAAGGCUUGCAUCGCGGGUGGCGCCUCCCGGCGAGAGGCGGCGCAGAGCAGUGGCGCGGAGGAGCGGCACCGGUGGAGGGGCGACGCGGAGGAGCGGCGCCGGGGAAGAGGCAGCGAGGAGGAGCAGCGCCGGUGGAGGGGCGGCGCGGAGGAGCGGCGCCGGCGAGGGGCGGCGCGGAGCGGUGGCGCGGAGGAGCAGCACCGGUGGAGGGGCGACGCGGAGGAGCGGCGCCGGCGAAGAGGCGGCGAGGAGGGGCGGCGCGAAGGAGCGGAGCCGGCGGAGGGGCGACGAUGAUGUCGACACUUGGCGACGGGAUGACGACGCCGCCGGGAUGCUGCUGCGCGCCUUAGAGUGUGCGGAGAGAGAGAGGGGGAAGCACGCGUGGGUCCCACGGAUGGCAAGCUGGUUUUGACUGGCCAAAUUUGGCUAGGCAGGGAGCCGGUUUGGCCAGCUGAUAGCUUGGCCAUCCAAAUAGCAAGUCUGUUGGAGUCUGUCUAAUUUUGAACCAAACUUGCUAAAUUUUUGCUCGGAGAGUGAGAUAGCAAGACUGCUGGAGAUGCUUUUACGUAGUGUGGGCGUUUUUUUGCGAAAAAGCCCCUAUUCUUUUCACUUUUUACAUUCAUGUCCACGAUUUUUCCUAUACAAACACUGUUUGUGAGGGGCCUAUACGUAAUUAAAGAAAACCGGAGGGCUUUUUUUCAAAAACACACCCGAGCA